AUGACCGACUACGCGAAGCUCAAGAAUGCGGAGCUCGAAUCCCUGCUGAAGACGAGAGGUCUUCCUCAUGCCGGCAAGAAGGCUGAUAUGGUCGCGCGCCUUCAGCAAGACGAUGCGGAACCCGCUGCCGCGACGAAGCCGGAGGGUGACGAGGAUCAGAUCGAUUGGGAUGACGACGCGCCAGACACAACAACUGCUGCCGCACCUGUCGAAACAGCGCCCGUCGGCGAGACUACCACGAUCGAACCAACAUCAACGAAUACUGCGACCUCUGCGAAUGGCGCUGAUGUGACUGAGGAACCGAAGGAGGCGGACAAGCUCGAGGUCGAUUUCACUGCUGGUCUCGCAACCACAGCUAUCGAUGUUGAGCUUGCGAAGCGCGCGGAACGUGCCAAGCGAUUCGGUAUCGAUACCUCCACCGAUCCCGUGGCUCAGGAAGCAAUUAAGAAGUUGGAGCGAGCCAAGAAGUUCGGCGUCUCGACUGCUGAUGAGGCAAGUGGACAAACCACAUCAAUGCUGGACUCGGCAUUGCCGGAGCGCAAGCGCCGAAGGGAGGCGAAUGACGUGGGCAAUUCCGAUGGGAAGAGGCGAGGCGGCAAUGGCAGAGGAAGGGGUCGGUCCCGACGACAAGGCGGCGAAGACAGACGUGGCGGCGAAGGCAGACGUGGUGGAGAAAGUUCGGAACGGUCAGGAGGAGGCAGCUGGAUGAACGAGGACGAGCGGAGGAAGGCCGAGGCGCGGAAACAACGCUUCGCAUCGAACACAUAA